GUCGGGAUAGUGAGAAGUUUUGAGUGAACAUUAUUACUUUUCUCACUUGCUAUAUUAAGGUCACAGUUUAUACGGAGGAUUUUUAAGGACGAAGAAAAAAAAAACAGUAUCGGUGGUUGUGACUGAUAGAUGGCAAGGUGUCUUUGUUAUUGUUUGUGUGUGUGAAGGUGUGUGAGGGGUUGAGUAAGAGCUGCUGCUACCAGUGUGUAGGUGAACGACUGGUGGUGGUGGUGGUGCUGGUGGUGGUGUUGUUGCUGUUGCUGGUGGUGGUGGUGUUGCUGCUGCUGGCCUCAGUGUCCAAGGUUAACCACCCUCCCUCCCUCCUCAUCAUGCUCUUCCUGAAACUUGUUGCCACCAUUUCCAGGCUGGCCAAUAUCCCCACCUGCUGCUGCUAACCGGCUGCACCCUCGCUGCUCCGCUGAAAAAUGCGGCUCUUAUCCCAUGGCGAGCUGUGGAGAAAACGUACAAGUGUCAAAAGUGGUUUGUGUAGGAGGCUUGUGUUGUGCUGUGCUUGUUGCUGGUUCUGAAGGACGUGCUGCUGCUGCUGCUCUCUCAGUCCCCUACACUUCCGCUUGAAGCUGCAGAUCCCGGGUGGACGGCAGGAGAGGUGGAGGGAGGCUGCAGGAGAGCUGGCAGGUGCUGCUGCUAGUGCUGGUGACAUUCACAGCACCAACUUCUGCACUCUGGCUAGUGAUAUGUAAAUGAACUCGGCCCUAAUACUGCAUUGCCAUGGCCUUGUGGAAGACUGACAAGACAGGUUGGUGUUUUAUCAUCCUGCAAUACCUGAUAAUAAAGAGUUAGUUGGGCAGUUACCCAAACCUUCUGCAUCAAUGCUCAGGAUCACUAUAUAAUGCUCACAGUUCUCCAGCAAUGACCUAAUGGUUGCCUCUAAUAUUGUCUGUGAUUACUGGCAAGUGGCUAGAUAAUGUUGUCUUGCCAUGAUGUGGGGGCUGUGAUUUGAUUCUUGCCAUACUGUAACCUAUGUUGCCCACUCACUUGUUUCUUAGGACCCUUUUAAGACCCUUAUGGCCUGUAGGAUUAAAAGUAUUGUAUAUAUCCACAAUGUGGUCAACUGUUACCAAUGAACAUGAACAAAUAAUGACAGUGCUCGGGCUAUAGUAAAUAGUGUCGAAGGCUUUCUCUGUUGACAUAGAGUGGUUGGGUGAAGGUGUUGCAGUGAUCCUGGGGUGUGGUAGUGCCCCCGGGGUGUGGCAGAGGUAUAGGGCAGUGGCGCUGAAGUGGUGGUGUGACACCAAAUCACCUGUGGAAGAAAGCGCAAUGCCACGGGGGGCUCAGUCUCCCAGGAGGACGCAAAGUGUUUAUGUGGGAGGUAGUGGGUGUCGCCUCACCUCACCUGAUUUGCUGUUGUUGACAUCAGAAGCCUCUGCCCCUCCCACACCACGGGAGCGACACACCCAUUCUAUUGUUGUGCCACGUCCUCUUAGCUUAGCCGGCGAUGCUCAUGCUGCUGCCUACCUCUACUCCUGCCAUGCCCCUUAUGCCAGGUACUAUGGUACACCUUCACCUUUUUUGGGUGAAACUUGCAGGAUGAAGGAAGCAGAGCGUUCCCCUUCCCCCUGGAGUGGGUCUGGGCGUGCAGGACCCAGAGGGUCAGUGGCUUCACUAAGCCCUGGGGGGCGGUUUUCCCAUGAGCUGUUUCGUUUCCCCCGACAUGCUGAGGCAGCUUACGCCGCAGGGGCAUAUUGCCGUGGCCAACUCUGUGAUGUUACAUUGGCAGCAGGGAAUCGACGCAUUAGAGCUCACCGACUAGUGUUGAGUGCGGCAAGUGACUACUUUGCUGCUAUGUUUACAUCUCCUGUGUUGGAGGCCACUCAGGAAGAGGUGGCCAUGAGGGACAUGGAUUCUGAUGCUCUGCUCAUUUUGGUCAACUACUGCUACACAGGUAAGUCCUCCUCGCUAGACGAUUACAGCAUUUAUGACACAAAAAAGAAGUUUGUCUUUUUAAGUGCUUAUACUGAUAUAUGCAUGCCCUUUUCAGUUAGUGUACGAAGAUACAAAACUAAUAUAACCUGCAGCAAGUUCCAUGGACAUAUUCAGGCACUGGUAGUAUGGUUAAAGCAUGACCUUGAAACACGAACAAAGGAUAUGGCCCGUUUGUUAGGUCUAGUGAAGCUUCCCCUUCUCUCACCACAGUUCUUGACUGAUCAUAUAGAAACUAAUUCACUCUUCAAAGAAGAUCGAGAUUGCCAAGAAUUGAUUCUGGAAGCGCUCAAGUACCAUUUAUUGCCAGAGAGACGUUCCACUCUUCAGUCACCUCGUACCAAGCCCAGAAAAUCCACUGUUGGAGAUCUUUAUGUUGUUGGGGGCAUGGACUCCAAUAAGGGUGGGUGGAGAGGAAGUUCAACUGGAAUUGAAAAGUACAACUUAAGAACCAAUAGCUGGACCACUGUGGGAACAAUGACUGGACGACGUUUGCAAUUUGGUGUGGCAGUUUUGGAUGGAAAAUUGCAUGUAGUUGGUGGUAGAGAUGGCCUCAAGACACUGAAUACUGCUGAAGCAUAUGAUCCAAGCACAAACACUUGGUCUCAGCUUCCUCCUAUGUCAACUCACAGACAUGGCUUAGGCGUAGGUGUUUUGGAGGGUCCCCUCUAUGCUGUUGGUGGUCAUGAUGGUUGGAGUUACCUCAAUACUGUGGAAAGAUGGGAUCCACAAGCACGGCAGUGGAGUUAUGUUGCACCCAUGGCUUCUUCAAGAUCAACCGUAGGAGUAGCUGUUCUCAAUGGAAGAUUGUAUGCAGUGGGAGGAAGAGACGGAUCAUCAUGCUUACGAACUGUUGAGUGUUAUGAUCCUCAUACCAAUAAGUGGACCCCUUGUGCACCCAUGGCCAGAAGAAGAGGUGGUGUUGGAGUUGGGGUAGUUAACGGCUUCCUUUAUGCUGUUGGUGGUCAUGAUGCACCAGCAUCCAACCCAUGUGCUUCCAGAUUUGACUGUGUUGAAAGAUAUGAUCCUGCAACAGACACCUGGACUCAAGUAGCUUGUUUAAGCAUUGGCUGUGAUAGUGCAGGAGUGAGUCUCCUGGGUGAUUGCUUGUUUUGUGUUGGGGGUUAUGAUGGCCAAACUUACCUAAAUCUUGUACAUGCUUAUGACCCUCAAACUAAUGAAUGGACACAGAUGACUCCGUUGACAACUGGUCGUGCUGGGGCAUGCGUAGUGGUGGUAAAGAAGGAACAUUGACCCAGACCUCAUUUACUCACAGAUAAGUUGCCUCAUAAACACUUUGAAGUGAAUGAUAAAAACUAAGCAAUAAUUAUUCUCCUUCUGAAUCUCAAUAUAUGUCCAAGAUCUUCCUAGAGUUGUUUAUGCCAAAAUAUGGAAUAUUACUUACUGUAGCUUUAGAUAUUAUGAACUUGUUGAUAUUGAAAUUAGUAACUUAUGGUAAAAUGUUUUUAAUUACAACAUCGUCCCAAAAUAAUUAUUAUAUGAAAAUGCUCUCAAUGAAUGGAUAGGAGUUAUAUUUCAAAAGUUAAUAGAAAGAGUGUGUAUCCUAUGUUAAUUAGUCAGUGCAGAUCUUACUGUUUACAUAAUGUUCAUGAAAGUAAUACACUGUUUGGGUAAAUGGACAUUGCCCAUAACUAGUCAGAGUAGUGAACACAAACAUUUUUUUGGGUGUAAUUUUGCUUUUGAAGACAUCUAAAAUUUUCAGUAUUCCAAAGUUAAUGAUAGGCAAUGAAGAAUUAUUAAUUUAUAUAUGGCACUGAAAGUAUCCAAGAUAUGCAAUACAAAAUGUUUUUGAUGAGUUUUAUGCAAGAAAAUUGUCUUUUCAUGGAUAGUAAAUAAAAUUAACUUAAUCAUUAAAGUACAUUAUGUACACUAGUAUAUCAAAAUUAUUUUGAUUUCAGU